UAGUGUCAUCGACGCUGCUGUCAACACCAGAAAAACAUGGCGGCUCCCGUUAGAGGCAUGGCUGUAUCCAGCAGCAUAGGAAACACAACUAGUUUUCAGAAGAAAACCCGCAGCAAGCUAGUUUUUAUUCCUGGUACCAGACCAUCGGUGCAGAAUGGACAGCUUUUAGUGUCGUCUGGCGUCAGCUCGCUUGACUAUGUGAUUGGUGGCGGUUUGGCAGUUGGAACGCUGCUGCUUGUAGAGGAGGACCGCUAUGACAGCUACUCCCGCAUGCUACUCAAGUACUUUCUGGCGGAGGGAAUCGUGUGUGGACAUGAACUCUUCCUGGCAUCUGCCCGAGAUCAUCCUGAUCAGAUCAUGCAGGAACUCCCUUCUCCAAUUCUGGAUGAUGUGGCCAGCAUGAAAAUGAGUGAGGGUCAAUCGCAGCCAAAUGACCCAGACAAUCCAGACACAAUGAAAAUCGCCUGGCGCUACCAGAACCAGCCCAGAGUUCAGACCGCAUUGGCAUCCUCUUCAAGGUUUGGUCACUACUAUGAUGCAUCCAAAACCAUGGACCCUGAGCUUCUGCAAGCAGCUAAAUACCACAGUUUCUAUCAACUUCAGGAAACACCAGUAACCACAGGAUUAAGUUCAUUACCAUCACCGUAUCUUGCUCUCCUGAAGUCCAUCCAGACGCUCAUCCAGAAAGAGGGAUUUGAUGGCUCAACACCACAGUUGAGAGGUCGUAAUGUCCUGCGUGUGGGUCUUCAUUCUCUGGGCUCAGUGCUGUGGGGUGAUGAUGUGUGCUGUAAGGACAACUCCGCCCACUGCCACGCCCUUUCCACCUUUCUCUACGCCCUCAGAGGCCUGUUACGCACUUCACUUUCAGUGGCUAUGAUGACUGUACCCUCACACCUCAUACAGAGCAGAGCUGUAAUGGGCCGAAUAAUCCGACUGAGUGACACAGCCAUUGCUCUGGAGUCUUUCAGAGGCUCAGAGAAGGAGACCAACCCCCUGUACAAAGACUAUCACGGUCUCCUGUAUGUCCGUCAGAUUCCCCGUCUAAACUGUCUGACAUCUGAAGUCCCCGACACAAAAGACCUGGCCUUCAAACUCAAGAGGAAGCAGUUCACCAUAGAGAUCAGCUGGAGGGCACUCAUCCCUGCAUUCAUAUCCUAUCCAGCCUCUCCACAAGGGUUUACAGCCCCAAACGCCCAUCCGCCGGCACCCUGGGUCCAUUCCUGUGGCACCUCUCCAAAUCUGAGCGAGCAGAGAGGAGUGAAAAACCCCUCUGGAUCCAUGACCUCUGCAGUCACUGGCCUAAAGACUCAACAAGAGCACAAUACACACAACUGACCAAAGGCUGCAGUGCAGUGAGGACGAUACUGAUUGUGCCACACAGUUGGGUUUCAUUCAUUAUUAGUAAUAUUUUUUUAUUUUUUUGGCUUAUCCUCAGGUGCCUGUCACUCUGCUUUGGGUUGCAUUUUGAAUAACAUACUGAAAUGCAAGCAAAUGAAAAUGAAAAUUGCGAUAAUUAUAGCGCCGACGCCAGAAGUUAUUACUUCACAUUAGUUCAUGUCCGAUGGUUCUGAUAUUAUGUCGUUCUACUGGAUCGCAUGCAUAUUGUGAAACAGAGCUCUGUGUGCUACUUCAGAGUCUUGGUGCUUGUUUAAACAUGGUUAAUUGCAAAAAACUCGCCAUGCAGAAAUCAUGUGGAAUUUCUGUUUGUUUGGAAAUGGGUAUGGUUAUGUAUACACGCAUUUGUAUUUUAUGGAUUCAUGCAAAUUAUAGUUUUAAAGUAAUACUGGAUUAAACACUAUAUAGUAGCUUUAUUUUAUUUUCAAGUAACAAUUGUAGCAUUUUUUUUUGCAUAUAAAUUCAGUUUUAGUCAUUAUAUUUCGUGUUUUGGUAUUUCCUCGACUGGAUGGAGAAAAAUUAAAUGUUUAUGUUUA